UAGCUCUUAGUCGAAACUACCUUUAUCGAAACGACUUUACGACCUCAAAGAACAAACCCAAUUACCUUAAGACAGUUCCUAUCUGCAUAUACCUGCAGCCUAAAGAUUCCUAUCUUGGUAGCACGAUACAAGAAAUUGUUUAUUAUCCUGUCGAAAUCAUAACUUGGAAUCCUUUCUCCUGCCGGCUAUCAGUCACCACCACCAACACCAACACCAACACCAACACCAACAAACGCCACCAGUUCUAACCAUAGGUAUUCCCAACGUCUACACCUCCAUAUUCCAAGUCGUCACCCAGAUACUCUACCACGAUGACUUCCUCCCAAAAGCGCAUAGGCAAGGAACUCCAAGAAUGCAUGUCCUCCCCCCCAACCGGAAUGGUCAUAACCCUCCCCUCCGAAUCCGACAUCCACCACUGGACCGCGACUCUAGCCGGCCCCCCCGGCACCGUCUACAGCGGCGGCAUCUACGUGCUAUCCAUCGUCCUCCCCCCCGACUACCCCUUCAAAGCGCCCCAAGUAACCUUCUCGACGCGCAUCUACCACCCCAACGUGACUAACGACAGCGUGGGGUCUAUCUGCCUCGGCAUGCUGAAGCCCGAGAACUGGAAGCCGGCGAGCAGAGUCCGCGCCGUGCUCGACGCCGUGCGCCAGCUGCUCAUCGAGCCUAACCCGGACGACCCCCUCGAGCCCCGCAUCGCCGACGAGUAUAAGAACAAUCUCCGCGAGUUUGAGAAGACGGCUCGCAGUUAUGUUACCCGCUAUGCCCAGCAGCCUGCUAAGAAAUAGGUAGCUGUGACUUACGUAUCUGGCAAUUAUUUAGCAGCCUGGCCAAGAGAGGCUGGUGGGGAGGAUUACUAGUUGGACAGGUGGACGGAUAGAUAUCCCCCUUUCUCUUGCCAUGAGCGAGAGUAAACGAGCGUGGUACCCUAGGAAAAAUUCUCUGGGAAUGGUCACAUCGGGAUCCAGAGAGGGAGAAGCUGCUUGUCAAAACAACACGAGUAGAGACUAAAACCCGAAGACUAGGGUCAGUCAAAAUCCAUCAUUUUUCCUACACCAUUUUCGGAAUGUAAUUAUGGAGGACGAGGCAGGAAUUAGGCACGGGGGCAUUAUGAGAAACCUCUAACGAUUCAUGAAAAAAGACAUUCGACACGUUAAGAACACUUCACGAAUAUGGCGAAAUAAUUACGAUAAAGCUAGUCACUAACAAAGUUAUUUAUAAUGUUCAA